AUAACCAACUACGAAUCAGCUGACUGUCUGUUCUUUUACGAACAGUGGCCCAAGAAAACGGACUGUCAAUCUUUCACGGUGGUGAAAUAAGAUGCCAGAAACAAUCUCCACGGACAUAGACACAGAGAAACCUAGAGCCAAAGUCCGAUUUGCCAAAACAACAAAAGUUAAUUUAACACGGACCCUACCGAGGCUGAUUGAAAAGAAUGGGACAUGUAACAUCGAAUCAAGGACAAUUCGAGGAAAGAACAUUCGAUUCAUGAGCGACAUUUUCACCACACUUCUAGAGACACAAUGGAGAUUGUUUUUGUCUCUGUUCGCGCUGUCUGUUGUUUUCAGCUGGGUUUUAUUUGCUACAGUGUAUUUUCUAAUCGCUUAUUCUAAUGGUGACUUUGAAGAAAAAAGCUAUGAGGAGGACAGGCUUUUUUGUGUAGAAAACACACCGGACUUUAUUUCUAUGAUUUUGUUUUCCAUGGAGACGCAGACGACAAUCGGAUACGGAUCCCGUUACGUCACAGAUCAUUGUCCCGCGGCCGUGUUCAUGGUCACAGUUCAGUCUAUUCUCGGAGCUCUUUUACAAGCUCUCUUGACAGGUAUCGUUAUUGCCAAAGUUCAGAAACCAAAGAAGAGGGGAAAUACAAUUCUUUUCAGCAAAAGCGUGUGUAUUUGUCAAGAUGGAGAGGACAAGUAUAUGUACAUACGUGUGGGUGACUUACAGAAGUCUGAUAUGAUUGACAUGCAUGCACGUGCUGUGUGUGUGAAAGAUAAAAUUACUAGUGACGGAGAAUACAUUUCUCAUUUUCGCCAUGAUCUGGAUCUUUGUAAUGAAUUGAACUCCAGCAGAAUUUCGUUGAGGUGGCCCGUUGUUCUACAACACAAGAUUACGCCAGCCAGUCCUUUCUGGGCCUUGGACGAGGGUGAAAUCAAAUCUGCAGAUUUUGAGCUUUUGGUAUUUUUACAGGGAGUUAUUGAAAGUACUGGUAUGUCAUUCCAGGCGCGGACAUCAUAUCUGUCGCAUGAAAUUCUGUGGCAGCACAAAUUCAAGCCGAUGUCUACGGUUUGUACUACGUCUGGAGUAUUCCAGUUCGAUUACAAGCAGUUCAACGAGACAAUCAACUUCCCCUCCACGACACCCAGCCCUGGCAAGAAGUUCUUCCGAGCCAAGUACGUUCGUUCCUCCUCUCCUGGGGACCAUUCUUUAGGGGGAGAGUCGGGAAUCGCAGAUAUGGAUGACGCCCUGUCCACAAACUCUGAUAGCAGCACAGAUAUUUCUAAUGAUAGUACGAAGUACGGGAAAGUGUCGCUCAAUAUGUAUGACUGAUAAAUUGUACGUUUUAUGAAGACGUUAUAUGUAGUUUUAUGUAUAUCUGUUUCUUUCAUGUCUGUACAAAUUUGUUAUAAAUGUGAGGGUUUGGUCGUAGUAGUGCUGUGACUUUGCUAUUAAAUGGCGUUAUACAUAUUAUUUUUAUAUAAAUUUACAAAGUUUUGAUCUUAUAUAGUGAAUUAAAAUAUUUCAAAUCAAGA